GGGCAGGCACCGUGUUAUGCAGUGGUGCGCACGGUGUCCCCAGUGCGGGUGCAUAGCCCGGUGCGGUAUAUUUCAGCUCCGCGUAUCGGCCGGGCUAGAUUGAGCGUCGAGCCAAAUGCAAUGAAGCCGGCUCUACGCAUCUGGUCCCCAGUGCGUCUCCUUGGGCCGGCUUACAUGGCACCAGCCUUGCGCUCGGUGUCUCCGGUUCGCCUACAUAGCCCAGUGCGGGCUAUUUCUCCUCACAGCACUGGCAGGGCAACCGAGAGUAUUCAACCAGGUAAGGUUGGGCAGGCUCGGUGCUCAAGAGCUCCAGUGCGCCUGCACGGUCCGGUCUAUCCAGUACCACCUCCACACCCCAGCCCUCCGGUAGCAGCUCCCCGCACUAGGCUUCCUGUGCGUGUCCUCGGCCCAAUACCACCAGUGCCAGUACCACGCAUCAGGCCUUCAGUGCGCCUCGCCUGUUCAGCGCAGCCAGCGCUUUCUCCCUCUCCUGCGCUGUCGGAGUCUCCCGCCUGUUCAGCGGUUCUAGAGCCUUCCUCCUCUACAGCGCUGCCGGAGCCUCCUGCCUGUAUGGAGCAGCUAGAGCUGCCAGUCUACAUGGAGCAGCCAGUAUUGCCAGCCUGCAUGGAGCAGCUAGAGCUGCCAGUCUGCAUGGGGCAGCCAGAGCUGUCAGUCUGCAUAGAGCAGCUAGAGCUGCCAGUCUGCAUGGGGCAGCCAGAGCUGUCAGUCUGCUUGGAGCAGCCAGAGCUGCCAGCCUGCAUGGAGCAGCUAGAGCUGCCAGUCUGCAUGGGGCAGUCAGAGCUGUCAGUCUGCUUGGAGCAGCCAGAGCUGCCAGCCUGCAUGGAGCAGCUAGAGAUGCCAGUCUGCAUGGGGCAGCCAGAGCUGUCAGUCUGCUUGGAGCAGCCAGAGUUGCCAGUCUGCAUGGAGUUGCCAGUCUGCAUGGAGUUGCCAGUCUGCAUGGAGUUGCCAGUCAGCCAGACUCUUCCAGAUCUGCUAUUCAGCCAGACUCUUCCAGAUCUGCCAGUCAACCAGACUCUUCCAGAUCUGCCAGUCAAACAGACUCUUCCAGAUCUGCCAGUCAGCCAGACUCUUCCAGAUCUGCCAGUCAGCCAGACUCUUCCAGAUCUGCCAGUCAGCCAGACUCUUCCAGAUCUGCCAGUCAGCCAGACUCUUCCAGAUUCGCCAGACAGCCAGACUCUUCCAGAUCUGCCAGUCAGCCAGACUCUGGCAGAUCUGGAAGUCAGCCAGACUCUUCCAGAUCUGCCAGUCAACCAGACUCUUCCAGAUCUGCCAGUCAGCCAGACUCUUCCAGAUCUGCCAGUCAGCCAGACUCUUCCAGAUCUGCCAGUCAGCCAGACUCUUCUAGAUCUGUCAGUCAGCCAGAGUCUUCUAGAUCUGCUAUUCAGCCAGACUCUUCCAGAUCCGCCAGUCAGCCAGGAUCUGCCAGAUCUGCUAGUCGGCCAGGAUCUGCCAGUCGGCCAGGAUCUGCCAGUCAGCCAGGAUCCGCCAGUUGGCCAGGAUCCGCCAGUCAGCCAGGAUCUGCCAGAUCUGCUAGUCGGCCAGGAUCCGCCAGUCGGCCAGGAUCCGCCAGUCAGUCAGGAUCCGCCAGUCAGCCAGGAUCCGCCAGUCAGCCAGGAUCUGCCGGAUUCAACUGCCUGGCUGGGCUUCAUCUUAGUACUGGGCUUUUUCUCAGUACUGGGCUGCCUCUCAGUGCUGGGCUGCCCCUCAGUCCCGAGCUGCCCCUCAGUCCCGAGCUGCCCCUCAGUCCCGAGCUGCCCCUCAGUCCCGAGCUGCCCCUCAGUCCCAAGCUGUCCCUCAGUCACGAGCUGCUCCUCUGUUAUGUAGGGUUCUGGAUGAGGACUAUUCGGCCAUGGUCGGCGGCGAGGGUGGAUCAUCCCAGGACGCGAAGGGGAGGAACAAUGACAUUUAUGAAGUGGGGUCCACGUCCGGAGCCGGAACCGCCACCAUGGACAGACGCCCACCCGGACCCUCCCUAUGGUUUUGAGUGACCCUGUUCAUCAGAACGUCAUGGUGGAUGGAAAAAGAUGCUCUCUUCAGCAGCAGUGAAUAACCACAACCCUGUCAGUCCAUCUCUUUACUUCUCCUUUCUCUUCUCUUCUCUCUCCCUCCUCUUUUCGUAACCAACUGCGGCCUUGACCUCCAACAGUAUCAGCAACAGAGAGGUGUGAAGUUUCCACAACAGAGAGAGUCAGUUUACCAUGUACUUCUCUUUAGAUGCUGCGGCCUUGACCUCCAUCAACAGAGUUAGAGUUAGUUUAUCAUGAGAACAUACAGACACCACUGACUGGAACUAUCAACAACAAGAGUUAGUUUAUCAUGAGAACAUACAGACACCACUGACUGGAACUAUCAACAACAAGAGUUAGUUUAUCAUGAGAACAUACAGACACCACUGACUGGAACCAGCUGACAGUAUCAGUUGUAAAGACGUCAUUACUACUAACAGAAGGAAAGUUGUAGUGUUGUGUCCAUGAUGAAUGAUGUAAAGGCUUCAAUGUGUUUUAUAUUUAACUGCUCUGUUAUAUUCUGUUUGUUCAUGUGAAAUUGGGAAGUGUAUUUUUCUACAAUGCCGCUGUGUGUGUUUAUCUUGAGCAACACCGUCGCCAACUUGUCAAAUAAAGCUUCCUAAAAUGUGUUAGAAAA